UAGAAUAGAAUCAUAUUAAUUAUAACUUUAUGCUUAUGUACACAAGGAAAGAUGUUUAAUUUACUGCUGGUAUAUCAACAUUUGACAUUUGUGGAACCUAAAUUGUGGAUAAAUUAUAUUAAAAAAAUAGUGAGAAACAAUGUACUAUUUCGUGGAAUGGUGUUUGGGAGUUACAAAAAUACAUUUGCUACUAAAGCUAAGAGCCUAAACGAUGAAAAUGAAGAACCUGAACAACCUCCAUCGUUCAUGGAAGAAAUUGUGGAAAUUCCUGUAAAUCCGAAGAAAUUUAACAAAUCGAGGUUAUUAGCACAACAUAGGAACAUGUUAAAUGAAAAAAUACCCUAUCAAGAACCACAAUCAUGGAUUCACUUAUCAGAAAAAUACCAACGCAAAAUAUUUGGAAAAUAUGGAUCCCAAAGUGGUAUUGAUCCCCGGAUUUGUUUUAAUACAAAGGAAGAUUUAGCCGCUAAAAACAAAUAUGAAAAAGCUGCUCAUCCUUAUACUCUCCAACAGAUGAUAGCUAAAGUGAAUGAAGAGAAACUGGCAAAAACGGAAAAAAUUCAGAAACGGGAGGACGAAAUCGCUAAAAAAUUAGUGAAACUUGAUCAAUGGAAAAAAGAGUUAAACGCAAAAAUAGCUAAAAAAGAAGCUGAAAUGCAAGCAGCGAAGGAUCGUAAGGAACGACUUAUUGAAGAAGUUCGUCGUCAUUUUGGUUUUAAGUUGGACCCCCGCGAUGAUAGAUUUAAAGAAAUGUUGGAACAAAAAGAGAAAGAGGACAAGAAAAAACAAAAGGAAGCCAGGCGAAAAUCCAAAGAAGACCAAAUGGUUGCGAAACUCUUGCAAAAGUCCGAACAGUGAAAUAAAUAAGCAUACAUAAAUUUUUAAGUUUAUUGUUAAAUAUUACUGAAAUAAAAUAAAUAAUAUUA